GCUGGAGCCGGAGCGGCGGCGGCGGCGGCGGCGGCAUUCACGGGGCGGCGGCGGCGCGGGCUCCCGCACGAGCUCGGGCUCCGGCAUGGUGCAACCCGGCCUUGUACCAGGAGAGAGGGGCCCGCGCACGGGGCUGGCGCCGGGGGAGCGGCGGCAGCGACGGUGGCGGUGGUGGCUCCAGGCGCAGGCAGACGGCAGGUGCUAGGAGCGGGGCUGGGCGAGGUGUGUGCCCGCUGGGCUCCGGGGCCGCCGCCCCCUCACUGCCCCGACCUCUCUCUCCCUCCGGGUUUCCCAGCUCGCGCAGCCCCCUGUCUCGGCGCCCCAGCCCAUGGCGCCCCGCGGCUGAGCCGGCGCCGCCUGGGACCCCUCCCGCGGGCCUCCCCGGGGCGCGCAGAUCCCGGAGCCGCCCGCCCACCCUCCGCGGAGCCUCCCUCCCCUCCGCGCCCGAGCCGGGCGGGACCAUGGCUGCGAAGCUGCGAGCGCAUCAGGUGGACGUGGACCCGGACUUCGCGCCGCAGAGCCGGCCGCGCUCGUGUACCUGGCCCCUGCCGCAGCCCGACUUGGCCGGCGACGAGGACGGAGUACUGGGCUCCGGAGUGGCCGAGGGCGCUGAGGACUGCGGGCCGGAGCGCCGGACGACCGCCCCGGCCAUGGCCCCUGCGCCGCCGCUGGGCGCAGAGGUCGGACCGCUGCGGAAAGCCAAGAGCUCCCGGCGGAACGCGUGGGGGAACCUGUCCUACGCCGACCUCAUCACCAAAGCCAUCGAGAGCGCCCCGGACAAGCGGCUCACGCUCUCUCAGAUCUACGACUGGAUGGUCCGUUACGUGCCCUACUUCAAGGAUAAAGGCGACAGCAACAGCUCGGCCGGCUGGAAGAACUCCAUCCGGCACAACCUGUCGCUGCACACCCGCUUUAUCCGCGUGCAGAACGAGGGCACCGGCAAGAGCUCCUGGUGGAUGCUGAACCCCGAGGGCGGGAAGACGGGCAAGACCCCGAGGCGCAGGGCCGUGUCCAUGGACAAUGGGGCCAAGUACCUGCGCAUCAAGGGCAAGGCGAGCAAGAAGAAGCAGCUGCAGGCACCCGAGAGGAGCCCUGACCGCAGCCCCCCGGGUGCACCAGCCCCAGGGCCCAUGCCUGCUGCGGCCAAGUGGGCCACCAGCCCGGCAUCUCACGCCAGCGACGACUAUGAGGCCUGGGCCGACUUCCGAGGCGGCGGGAGACCCAUGCUCGGGGAGGCUGCGGAACUGGAGGAUGACGAGGCCCUCGAGGCUCUGGCGCCGUCGUCACCGCUCAUGUACCCGAGCCCGGCGAGCGCGCUGUCCCCCGCGCUGGGGGCGCGCUGCCCGGGGGAGCUGCCCCGCCUAGCCGAGCUGGGGGGUCCGCUGGGUCUCCACGGCGGCGGCGCGGGGCUGCCCGAGGCCCUGCUGGACGGCGCACAGGACGCAUACGGCCCGCGGGCCCGCGCCGGGACGCCCGGCUACUUCGGCGGCUGCAAGGGCGGCGCCUACGGCGGAGGCGGGGGCUUCGGGCCUCCAGCGCUCGGUGCGCUGCGCCGCCUUCCCAUGCAGACCAUCCAGGAGAACAAACAGGCCAACUUCGCGCCCGCCGCCGCGCCCUUCCGCCCGGGGGCGCUGCCCGCGCUGCUGCCGCCGCCGCCCGCGCCCAGGCCGGGCCCGCUGCUUGGUGCGCCCGGGGAGCUGGCGCUGGCGGGCGCGGGUGCCGCCUAUCCCGGCAAGGGGGCGGCCCCGUAUGCGCCGCCCGCGCCCUCGCGCAGUGCCUUAACCCACCCCAUCAGCCUUAUGACACUGCCCGGAGAGGCGGGCGCCGCGGGCCUGGCGCCGCCUGGACACGGGGCCGCCUUCGGGGGCCCGCCCGCCGGCCUCCUGCUGGACGCACUGCCUGGGCCCUACGCCGCCGCCGCAGCCGGGCCGCUGGGGGCCGCGCCCGACCGCUUCCCGGCCGACCUGGACCUCGACAUGUUCAGCGGGAGCCUGGAGUGCGACGUCGAGUCCAUCAUACUAAACGACUUCAUGGACAGCGACGAAAUGGACUUCAAUUUUGACUCGGCACUGCCCCCGCCGCCACCCGGCCUGGCGGGGGCCCCACCUCCCAACCAGAGCUGGGUGCCGGGCUGAGGGCCGCCUCCCACCCCAACCCCCACCCCUGUGCGCCCUGGCCUUUCCCCGAGGGCCUGCUGUCUUCCCACCCUGAUCCCCGGGGUCCCCACCCCCGAGUCCAGCUCCUCCGGAGGCUCUCGAAGGCGGCCUCAGCCCUGCUAGAGACAGCCCUCAGAAGGUGACCUCUAGGGAAGGGGUGGGGUGGGGAAUGGAGGAAUGGGGGUCCCCACCCAUUCAGUCCAAACUCCCCAGGGCCCUCCCCUCUGCCCCAGGCGGGAAGCUUGGGAUUGGAGGCUGAAAUCCUAGCCUGGUUGGAGUAACCAAUGGGAGAUGGGGCUGGGGGCGUCUCCAAAUCAAGCUUUCUUUUGCUGGGGACCUCACUGCUGUGACUUGUCGCCCAUCACAAACUCCAAUCUGGUCCCCCUGACACUUUCCCACUGGUCUUAGCCUCAACCCCUCCAGGCCAAAACUUUCAGAAAACACACAUGGGAUCCACCCUGAGCUGCCCUUCAGUCUAAACCACCCUGGGAACCCGCUUCCACAGGGUUCAGCACUCUUCUCCCCUAUUCUCCCUCGUGGGAGUCUUAACACCCUCUCCAGCGCCCCCCCCCCCAAUUCUCCAGUCCCUACAGUCAUCACUACCACCUUCCAGUUCUGGUCUCAGCCUCUCUCGGGGCCUAGGCUCCGGAUCCACCCCCAGCCCUAUCCCCUUGCUCAGAGCCCAUCAGGCUCCUCUCCCAUAUUUAUAAGUGUCUGGGCGGGGCGGGGCUGUCUGUGGGCGUGGCGCCCCCAGCGCGUAUCGUAGGCAGUGUACCGUGGCCGUGCCGUCAGCGUGUGCGUGUGCGUGUGUGCCGUGUCAAGGCCGUGUAGAGUGCAUUGUACAGCAUAUUUUCAUGAAUAAAAUUGUUUUAAAUAUU